AUGUGUUCUAGAUUCAUGAAAGUCUACUACAUAUGGUAUGCAUAUGGUGAAUCAUAUGAUUCAUACCGUAUUCAGUACAUUGGUGAAUGUUCAAAUUCCAUAUCAUCUCAACAUGUCAGUCAUUGUUUAAACUUCGUAGAUUAUGAUCUUACUAAUCGGAUUUCCGGAAAUGGUGUCCCAUUGAUUUGGUGUCCCAUUGAUUUAUUGCGGAGGCAUUCUACGUUCUUAUUUUCAGUUUACUAUCUCUGCAGCUCGGACCAGUUUUUUUCUGAAGAAGAGUUGUUAGGUUCAUUCUUAAAAGGUUCUGUUAAUUUUCAACAAAUGGCUCAUCAAAACCAGCAUUCGCCAACUUUUAGGCAACGAUUUCGUGAGGCUACAUUAGAAGAAAGAUUUACUGGGACGUUUGGCUCUGAUGUUGUUUGGGCUAGUUCUUCUGCUGUUGUGUCCAAAACUAUUGCUGACAUAGCUGAGCGUCGUUUCACAGAAAAGGAACUUGAGAGGAUGAAGCUUCCACAAAAUCCAGAUGAGAUAGUAAAGAGCAAGAGCAUGAAAGAACGUUUAUCUGGUAGAAUUAAGAAUUUGAGAGCCCUUAACUUUGCAUUCAAAGACUACUUUAGGAGGUUGUUCAACUUUAAGAAAGACCGUGACUGUUACUUGAAGUGGUCCGCUGGUAACUUUGUCUCUGGCAGUGCUGCUGGUGCUUCCUCCCUGCUGUUAUUGUACUCUUUUGAUCAAGCAUCGAGUCGUUUAGCAAAUGAUGAGGCUAAGAAGGUGGGAGAGAGGCAAUUCAGUCGCUUAACAGAUGUAUACAGAAAAACUCUUGCAUCAGAUGGUUUUGCUGGUCUAUAUCGUGGAUUCAAGAUUUCAUGUGUCAGUGUCAUUGUCUACCGUGGUCUGUAUUUUGGGAUGUAUGACUCAUUGAAGCCAGUUGUUCUAACAGGAUCAUGGCGGGAUAGCUUCUAUGCAACAUGUGCCCUUGCUUUAGUCAUUACCAGUGGUGCUAGUCUUGCAUCAUACCCCAUUGACACAGUCCGCAGAAGAACGAUGAUGACAUCCGGUGAAGUUGUCAAGUACAAGAGCUCUCUUGAUGCGUUUACUCAAAUCCUGAAGAAAGAGGGUGUCAAAUCUUUGUUCAAGAGUUUUAGUACAACCAUUCUACCUGUGGCGACUGCUACUAGUGUCCUAGUUUUUUACGACAGACUUCAGAAACCAUUUCUUGAUGCUUUAAGAAUGAAGAGAUUGAGAGAUGAAAGUGAACACGUGGCUGUUUAG